AUGAUCAUGACCUUCGAAGAAGUUGAGCCAAAGCGUAAAAAGAUAUCUCAGCCACUGCCAUCGUUUUCUUCACUUCCAGAUGAAAUCACAGAAAACAUUCUUGCACGUGUUUCGAGAUGGAACUAUCCUUCGCUUUCUCUCGUCUCAAAGAGUUUCCACUCUAUCUUAUCUUCUAUGGAAAUCUAUAAGACACGUUCUCAAAUCGGAACCGAAGAAACAUGCGUAUAUGUCUGCUUACGGUUACACAAUCAACCAUAUCCGAGCUGGUUUAUGAUUUGGGCGAAACCUAAUAAUCAAACCCUAACCAAACAGCGAGGAAAGAUUAGGUUUAAGAAGGAUCCAGCUGGAAACUCAGUUAUUCCGAUACCUAUCCAUUCUCCUCAAAUAACAAGUCAGUCCACAACGGUUGGUCAUGAAAUCUACAUAAUCGGUGGGCCCUGCGACGAGCCCUCUUCCUCUGUUUGGAUCCUUGAUUGUCGGAGUCAUACUUGGCGUAACGGCCCUAACAUGACCGUGGCACGGGAGGAUCCAUGCGUUUUUAGUAACGAUGAUAAAAUAUAUGUGAUGGGAGGUUGUAAUAUUGACGAGUGCUCUUCUAGAUGGUUUGAGGUGUUUGAUAUGGAGACUCAGUCUUGGACAGUCUUGCCGGGGCCUGGUGCUGAUAAUGAUGAGUUACGCAUUCUUUUAGCAGAAAAUAAUUAUGAUUUAGUUAAUGUGAUAGACGAAAAGUUUUUCGUAAUGAUAAAUGGAAGGGAGUACACGUACGAGCCGACGAAGGAUGGUACAUGGAAACUUUUAAAAGGGCAAUCAGAUUCCAUAGACCACUACAACGAAGUAGUGGCUUCAAGUUGGAUAAAUGAUGUAAUAUACUGUUGCACUUGCGAUGGAGACUUAAUCUGGUGUGACCCUGAGGACGAGGGUAGAGAAUGGAGAGAAGUCAAGGGUUUGCAAAGAUUGCGAGAUGACUGUACGAUGGGUCUAAGAAGUGCAAGUAAGUAUGCAGUGGAGGACUAUGGUGGGAAGCUUAUGGUUAUGUGGGGAUAUUCUGAUGAUAUCCAACGGGAAAACAAGAUUUGGUAUGCUAAGAUUUCUUUGGAAAGAAGUAGCAAUGGACGUGAGAUUUGGGGUAAGAUUGAGUGUGUCGAUGAGCUUACAUUUCCAUGCGAAUCUUACGAAUUCUUCGACUGUUUUUGUAUUUUGGCUUGA